ACCUGUCCCAACAAGCCAGGUCAAAGAUGCCACACCUUCCCUCCCCCAUAGCCGAACCAGGGACCCUGCCUGCUGCAGAAGGCGUUGGUGUUUAGAACUGUUUCCCCUUCGUUUAGUCUCUCCUUAUUGACCUUUCCAGGAGCCAGGAUGGCCAACUCGGGGAUGCAGCUGCUGGGCUUUUCGCUGGCCUUCGUGGGGUUCAUCGGCUCUAUCGCCGCCACCAUUAUGGUGCAGUGGAAGGCUUCUUCCUACGUGGGGGACAACAUCAUCACCGCCCAGGCCAUGUACCAAGGACUGUGGAAGACCUGUGUGUCGCAGAGCACGGGGCAGAUCCAAUGCAAAGUGUUUGAUUCACUUCUGCAAAUACCAGGCAUGGUGCAGGGCGCGCGGGGCCUGAUGGUGACGUCCAUCGUGCUGUGCUUCGUGUCCGUCCUGGUGGCGGUGGUGGGCAUGCGUUGCACCACCUGCCUGGAGGACCAGCCUGAGCAGAAGGACAAGGUGGCGCUCACCGGGGGCAUCCUGUUCAUCCUCUCAGGUCUGUGUGGUCUGGUAGCCACCAUUUGGUACGGUCACCGAAUAGCAAAGGAAUUCUACGACCCCUUCACCCCCACCAACUCCAAGUUUGAGUUCGGGGCGGCCCUGUUCGUCGGAUGGGCCUCCUCUAGUCUGCUCGUCAUCGGGGGGUCUUUCCUCUGCUGCAAGUGCGGCGGGAGUGACUCUGGGAGGGGCAAAGGGUACCCGUCUGCAGCCCACCCCAGCCAGCCGGGCAGAGACUACGUCUAGCAGGCCAGGACCCCCCCCGGCCUUGGCCCAGAGCCGGCGGUCCUGUACCCCCGAGGCUCCAUGUGGGGAUGUCUUUCUCCAAGGCAUUUCAUUGUAUGUAUGUUGGUUUGGUUUUUUAUUGUUUCUUUUGUUCACAACAUUGCUCUGAGAUAUAUUUUUUACAAUACAUUUUUUUCUGCUUGAGCUGCUCCCCCCGCGACCCGACCCCGGAUAAGAUGAUGUGAUGAAUGAGAUUUUUUUAAAUACCUCAUGAUAUUCAAGGCGUGCGAGAAGGAAAGUUUAGCUUUGAUGUUCAUGUUCCACGAUACACAUUUUUCUGAUGUAAAUCCAUUGAGCAGGAGGCAUUGUGUGUACCUGGUUGUCACGGUUGUUAUUUUCUGUGCAGAUUGUAAACUCAUCUGAAAUAUAUAAAUGUCCCCUCUUCCUUCUUUGAAAUAAAGAUGGCUCGAAAAAACCUCUAA